AUGGACCAGUUCCACUUGUACAAGGAAAUAGGAAGGGGGAGGUACUCUACGGUGUACAAGUCGCGAGUCAAGGGCUCCAUUCAAUACGUAGCGGUCAAGUCUGUGGACAAGGGACGGAGAGCAGCCAUUCUCAACGAGGUCGGCACACUGGUGAGACUUCAUCAUCCUCACAUCCUCAACUUCUACAACUGGUAUGAGACCACCAAUCAUCUUUGGCUCAUUGUUGAGGUCUGUACUGGUGGCGAUUUGGCUUCCAUGCUGGCUCAUGAUCAUGCUCUUCCCAUACAUGUUGUCGCCGCUUACGGCGCUAACAUUGCUGAUGCUCUUCACUAUGUUCAUGCUGCUGGCUUUGCUCAUGGUCAUCUCAAACCAUCAAACAUCCUGCUCAAGGCAGAUGGGACUCUCAAGCUCUGUGACUUUGGUCUUGCCACAAACGUGGCCGAUCCGCCGCUACCGCGCCCCGAUCCGUCUGGAGUCGAUGAUCAGAGCCGGGGCUCACAAGGCCACGACAAGCUUGUUCUCGCCUCCUCAGAGGGCUCGCCCAACUACAUGGCGCCGGAGCUGUUUUCGGCCUUGGGUGUGCACUCGUUUGCCUCAGACUUGUGGUCGUUUGGUGUCGUGCUGUUCGAGCUCGCCACCGGUGCCCCGCCGUUUGCCGCAGACUCGCUCCACGCCACUCUCGAGGCCAUCGUAGCCGGCCCGAUUCCUGCUCUCCCACUUGGAACCGAUGACGCUGCCGCCCAGCUCGCAGCCCUCCUCAAUGGCCUCCUGGUUCGCCACCCGGGUGCUCGCGCCUCCUGGGCUGCCGUCCUUUCCUCGUCGCUGUGGGGCGACAACGCGCCCGAGCUCCUCCACCUCCCAUGCCAGCCGGCCUUUGAGGCCUACCUCGCCUCGCUGCCUGCCGACGCUGCACCUGCCGUCGACAUCUCUGCCCUCGAGGCCGCCAUCAUUGUGCCGGACGACGAGUACGCCACGCCGCGGAGCCCAGAUGCUCCGCCGUCGGCCCCGCGUGUCUCCACCCCAGCUGCUGAGGCGCCGCACUCGCGCAUCGCACUUCCGCGCGACGACCCCUCGCGCCGCACCCGUGAUGCCGUGGUCGAGUUUCGGGCCUCGGGCCCGGCGCCCGGCGCGGCUGCCUCCAUCGCCUCGGUCAUCUCGCAGACCAUCGACGACCACUCGCUGGCAGUUCCGGGCCCGGCAUCGCCGGCUGCCUCACCGAUCUCCUCGCCGCGCUCGCCAUCGGGUCACUCGGGUGCGGACCACCCGGAUCCAGACGCUGGUCCCUCAUCAGAGCCGCCGUCAAGCCUCCCGCCGCACCUUGUCCGCCCACUUACCGCGCCGUCGUCGUCGACGCCGACCCGCGCGCCGACUCAGGCCUCACCGCGCGCUGAGCUUCCUGCCCCGCCUGACACCGCCGCCGGUGACACGCUUCCGCGCCAGCCGCUUGUCGAGCUCGCCCCGCCGCCGCCACGGACGCUGGUCAACCCCGCCCACGUCGUUGAGCACUUGUUUGCUGCCGUUGACAACUCGGUCAAGCCCAUUGUGCGCAACAAGAAAAUCGAGAAGCUGCCUGUCCUCGACUAUGACGUCGCCUUGCUCCCGUUCGAGGAGCUCUUGCCGCGCGACGUGGUGGCCCUCAAGGAGACGCCCGGGGCGCUGGAGGACUUUCUUGGCCAGGUCUACGCCGGGCUCUCCUCGUCGGACGCGACUAGCCAUCACGUUCUUGUCUACCUCCAAGCGCUCAGCCUCGACACCGACGUUGCCAACAUUGUGGUCAACUCGUCGCUGCUCAGCCUUCUGGUCAAGGCCAUGCGCCGCACCAAGGUCCCGCACGCCAAGUUCAACUACGCCCGCCUGAUGGGUAUCCUCGUCCGGCACGCCACCAUCAUUGCUGACGACGUGGCAAAGUCGGGCAUCGAUGUUGCCCUCUGUGAGACGCUUCGCAACGCUGAUCCGACCCUCGCCAAAGAGGCCAUGGCCUCGCUCGGUGAGCUCCUCUUUUACAUCGCCUCGCGCGACGAAGGUCCUCCGCCGUGGUCGCUCCCGUCGUCGGCCCUCACCCUGGUAGUGGGCCACAUCAAGGACCCAGUAGGCGCACCGAUCGCUGCUGCAUAUGCCGUUCAGACACUGCACAACAUCGGCGUCACGUCGGCGCCGUUCUUUGCCCCGCUGGCCACCCUCGAUCUCGCCCUCGCCCUCGUCCGCAUGCUGGCGUCGGCAAGCUCGACGCUGACGGUGGCCAUCGCCAACACACUGGCGCGGCUCUGCCGCGUCUCGUUCACCCGUGCGGUCGAAGCGCAAGUGUCUGCGGUCGAAGCGAGUAGCUCGGCGGGCGCUCCCGGCACGGUCCCGGCCCACCUCGCACCACGGUUGCUGGAAAAGGCCGGCGUCAACUGGCUCAUCGGCGGCCUCUCGUCCGGCGCGACCAAGGUCUGCGCUGCCAUGCUCAACAUUCUGGUCCUUGGCCUCCUCACCGCACCGCCUCGGGCGCAGCUGGCGGUCAUCUCGACGCGCGGUCUGCUGCCGACGCUCCUCUCGGCGCUCGACCACAAGUCGACCGAUGUGCGCGGCAAGGCACUGGCCGGCCUCGCCGUCGUGGCAUCGGUCUCGCGCGAGGGCCUGCUCAUGUGCCUUGAGUUGCGGCUGGCCGCCAAGCUUGCGGCGCUCCCGCCCGCGCCAGUCGAGCCACUGCUUUGCUUCUGGCAAGGCCAAGCGUUUGCCGUCACGGCCUCUGCCGUCGAUGCCGUCAUGCACGAGGUGGCCUCCCAGGGGCGAGCCAUUGCCGCGCGCUCGGCGCCGUCGUCGAUGCAGAUCAAGGCCUUCAAGGCUGCACUCAUCCCGUUCCCGGCCGUCACACUUGCCCUCGAGUCGGACGCGCUCGCCGCCCACCUCGCCCUCGUGCCACUCAUUCGCGGUGCUGGUCUGCUCCUCUCGCUCGUUCCGCGGGCCUCGUUUGUCUCGGCGAGCGAGUUCCGUACGCCUCUCCUCGACAGCCUCGCUGCCCUCGCACGCCAUCGCGAUCUUGUAGCUGGCCACGUCCGCGACAUCCGCGAUGCGAUCCUCCAGCCGCUCACCGGCCUGCUGGCCGGCGGGGACGCCGAGACCCGGUUCCUCUCGCUGCGCCUAGCGUCGGACCUGGUGCUGGCGCUGGCGGCGUCUCCCGAGGAGGAGCCCGAGACUGCCGCGUUGGCGGCCUUGCUGAGCAAGUGCAUCCUGCCACGUGCCCCGGCGCUGCUCAGCGACGAGCUGCCGAUCCCUGUCUACACUCUGCGGCUGCUCGACACGGUGGUCGAGACCUGGCCGUCGCUUGUCGGUGAGCUCGUCAACCUCGGCCUCCUCCCAAAGCUCCUCUCGUUCUUUUCUGUCGAGAACAAGCUCAACAACGUGCAUAACGUCAAGCUCAUCGCGGCUCUGGUCGCUUCACCGGCUGUCUCGCUGGCGUCCGUCCACGACGCUGCCCUCGUUCCGUCGCUCAACGCCAUCCUCAGCUACGCUCUGGCCAACGAUGUAGCAGCCUUUUUCGGCCCGCUCCUCGAGGUCAUGCGCGCUCUCCUCACCCGCACCAUCAACGUGCUCCUCACUCACAUGACCGUGGCCUCGGCCGCCGAAGCCAACCUCUCUGAACUGCCUGGCGAGCUGCCAGACGACGUCUUUGACCUCGUGGCCAGCAACAUGGAGCUUGUGACCUCGGUUGGCUCGCUUGGUCGGCUGCUCUCGUCUUCUGAACACGCACCGACUGCCGCAGCCGUGCUGCAGCUUCUGUGCAAGACGUACGGGCCGUCGCUUUACCCGCAGCUCCUCAAGCCGCCGCUUCUCGGCCAGCUCGUCGCCGCACUCACCGCCGCCUCGUCCAAGCACCUCGUCCUGAACAUCCUCAAGAUCCUCGGCUGGGUUCUCGAUGAUGGGUAA